AUGGGUCUUCUCACUCUUGUUGAGGAUAGGCCAACGCCCAAGGCUGUCUACAACUGGCGAGUCUAUGUACUGGCCCUCAUAGCAUCAUGCGGUUCGAAUAUGAUUGGUUAUACAAGUGCGUUCAUUGGCACGACUAUCACUCUGGAUUCCUUUGAACAUGAAUUCGGCCUCGACAAAAUGAGUUCUGAGGCAGUGUCCUUGAUCAGUGAAAAUAUUGUUUCCCUUUUCAUUGCAGGAGCCUUCUUUGGCGCAAUUUUGACAUACGCUCUUGGUCACUUCUGGGGACGCAAGUGGAGUUUGGUAAUUGCUUCAGCUGUCUUCACUCUUGGAGCUGGUCUGCAGCUCGGCACCCGGGGCUCCACCGGGCUUGGUAUUAUGUAUGCAGGACGGGUUUUGUCAGGCCUUGGUACUGGGGUGGCCUCGAAUAUCAUCCCUAUCUAUCUCUCGGAGUUGGCGCCGCCUGCAAUUAGAGGGCGCCUAGUUGGUUUGUAUGAGCUGGGCUGGCAAAUUGGUGGUCUUGUUGGCUUCUGGAUUAACUACGGCAUUGAAAAGCACAUGGCCCCGAGCCAUGAACAAUGGCUGAUUCCUUUUGCCGUUCAGCUGAUACCUGCCGGGUUACUCUUCAUUGGAGCCCUUUGGAUAAAGGAAUCCCCCCGCUGGCUCUUUCUCAAGGGACGCCGGACACAGGCAAUGAAAACCCUGUGUUGGCUCCGUCAAUUGGAGGAGACAGAUAUCUAUAUCGCAGAGGAGGUUGCAGCUAUUGACCAAGCUCUCGAGGAGCAAAUAGCCACAGUCGGAAUUGGUUUCUGGAAACCUUUCCAAGCGGUUGCUAGACGCAAAUCAAUUUUGUACCGUCUUUUCCUGGGAUGUAUGCUGUUUUUCUGGCAGAAUGGGUCAGGUAUCAACGCAAUCAAUUAUUACAGUCCCACCAUCUUCAAGAGCAUUGGCGUUUCUCAGGCCAGUAUUGGCCUGACGACCGGGAUUUUUGGCGUGAUCAAGGCAAUAAUGACCAUUUUCUGGCUUCUGUUCUUGGUUGACCAGCUAGGACGGCGGAAACUCCUGCUCGGCGGUGCAAUUAUUGGGUCGGCUUGUAUGUGGGUAAUUGGUGCCUAUAUUUGCGCUGUACGCCCCGAUGAGCACCCGAGCAAAUCUUUGAAUGGGGGAGGUAUUGCUGCCAUGUUCUUUUUCUAUCUCUGGACGGCUGUCUACACUCCUACGUGGAAUGGCACUCCUUGGGUUAUAAACUCGGAGUUCUUCGAUCCCAAUAUCCGUUCGUUGGCCCAAGCCGCGACUGCCGCCAGCAAUUGGCUCUUCAACUUUCUCGUCUCCCGCUUCACCAAGCAGAUGUUUGCUACCAUGAAUUACGGGGUUUAUUUCUUCUUUGGGGCCUUAUCUUUCUUUGCUUUCUUCUUUGCCUUCUUCCUUAUUCCCGAAACCAGCGGUAUUCCCCUCGAGGCUGUGGAUCGACUGUUUGAGAUCAAGCCUGUGUGGAGUGCGCAUAGCAAGCUCCAGGCCCAGCUAAAGGAAGAUGAAGAGAUAUUUCGCCUGGAACUGAAAGGCACAGGUGCUUUCAAGAAAGAACAAAGCCACGCGCAUGCACAUGUGGAGAACCCUAAUGUAUAA